AUGGCUAAGGUACGGGAACUGGAGGAAGCCUUCGUGCAGGAGCAGCCUUCGCCCCAACUUCCCUCCGAGAUCGCGGAGGAGUGCUGCGCGCAGCUGCUUGGCAAGGGCUUGCUGGUCUAUCCUGAGGACAGUGCUUACCUGGUGGCCCGAGCAGCGGCGGGCUCUCCGAGCAGCGAGGAGAAAGGCGGAGAUCCCGGGCUGCAGGUGGGAGUUAAAUCAGAAAUGCAUUUAAACAAUGGCAAGUUUUCUUCAGAAGAAGAGGAUGCAGACACUCAGGAGAACAAGACCAAAGCAGCGGACCCACAGCUCUCUCAGAAAAAGAGCAUCACGCAGAUUAUGAAGGACAAGAAGAAGCAGACUCAGCUCACCCUGCAGUGGCUUGAAGACAAUUACAUAGUGUGUGAAGGAGUUUGCCUCCCACGGUGCAUUCUUUACGCUCACUACUUAGAUUUCUGCAGGAAAGAGAAACUAGAGCCAGCUUGUGCAGCUACCUUCGGAAAGACAAUUCGCCAAAAAUUUCCACUCCUAACAACAAGAAGACUUGGAACGAGAGGCCAUUCAAAGUAUCAUUACUAUGGGAUUGGCAUCAAAGAAAGCAGUGCGUAUUACCACUCCGUUUAUUCUGGAAAGGGCUUGACAAGGUUUUCGGGGAGCAAACUGAAGAAUGAGGGUGGUUUUACUCGUAAAUACUCACUUAGCUCAAAAACAGGAACACUUCUUCCAGAAUUCCCCAGCGCUCAACAUCUUGUGUACCAAGGAUGCAUUUCUAAGGACAAGGUUGAUACGCUCAUAAUGAUGUACAAAACUCACUGCCAGUGCAUACUGGACAAUGCCAUCAACGGAAACUUUGAAGAGAUCCAGCAUUUCUUACUACACUUUUGGCAAGGAAUGCCAGACCAUCUCCUUCCCCUGCUUGAAAAUCCUGUUAUCAUUGACAUUUUCUGUGUUUGUGACUCGAUUCUUUACAAGGUUCUUACAGAUGUCCUCAUUCCUGCAACAAUGCAAGAAAUGCCUGAAAGCUUGUUAGCAGAUAUACGAAAUUUUGCUAAAAAUUGGGAACAGUGGGUUGUUUCAUCCUUGGAAAACUUGCCAGAAGCCCUCAUUGAUAAGAAAAUCCCCAUUUUGCGAAGAUUUGUAUCUUCUCUGAAGCGACAGACAUCUUUCUUGCAUCUUGCUCAGAUUGCCAGACCAGCUCUCUUUGACCAGCAUGUGGUGAAUGCCAUGGUAUCUGAUAUUGAAAAGGUUGACUUAAAUAGCAUUGGAUCUCAGGCUCUUCUUACCAUAUCCAACAGCCCAGACACGGAAUCUGACAUCUACAGUGAACAUGACUCUAUCACUGUGUUCCAAGAACUGAAGGAUCUCCUUAAGAAGAAUGCUACAGUGGAGGCAUUUAUUGAAUGGUUGGAUACUGUGGUAGAACAGAGAGUUAUUAAGAUGAGCAAACAAAAUGGAAGAUCUCUGAAGAAGAGGGCUCAAGACUUUCUGCUCAAAUGGAGCUUUUUCGGUGCCCGUGUAAUGCAUAAUCUUACCUUGAACAACGCAUCAAGUUUCGGCUCUUUCCACUUGAUCCGGAUGCUUCUGGAUGAGUACAUUCUCCUGGCCAUGGAGACUCAGUUUAAUAAUGACAAAGAGCAGGAACUACAGAACUUAUUGGACAAGCAUAUGAAGAACUCAGAUGCAAGUAAAGCUGCCUUCACAGCUUCCCCGAGCUCCUGCUUUCUGGCCAACCGAAAUAAGGGCAGCUCCCUUUCCAGUGACACUGUGAAGAAUGAAAGCCACAUGGAGACAUCCUAUGUCCCCCUGCCUUCCAGCCAGCCUGGACCCGUCCCCCCUGCUCUGCACCCAUUCUCGGCUGAGAACACUGAGAGCAUGCCACUCCCAGGUCAAAUAGAGCUUUCCCAAAGUACUGGCCAUCUGAUGACACCACCUAUUUCUCCAGCCAUAGCAAACAGAGGAAGUGUUAUUAACCAAGGGCCAAUGGCGGGCAGACCUCCAAGCGUGGGCACUGUUCUCUCAGCUUCAACACACUGCUCAACAUAUGCAGAACCAAUUUAUCCGACGCUCCCUCCAGCCAACCAUGACUUUUAUGGGACCAACUCUAACUACCAGACUGUGUUCAGGGCACAGUCUCACCCUGGGUCAAGCCUCUAUGCUCACCGUGCAGAGCAUGGGCGGUGCAUGGCCUGGACUGAACAGCAGCUUUCUAGAGACUUCUUUGGUGGCAAUUGUGCUGGGUCUCCAUAUAAUUCCAGACCACCUUCCAGUUAUGGACCAUCCCCCCACACACAAGAGUCACACAGCAUGCAGUUUUUGAAUACAGGAAGCUUCAAUUUCCUUAGUAAUGCAGGAGCUGGCAACUGCCAAGGAUCAACAUUGCCUUCUAAUUCUACUAAUGGAUACUAUGGAAACAAUAUAAACUACUCAGAGACACAUAGGCUCGGAUCGAUGGUGAAUCAACAUGUUUCCGUCAUUAGCACUGUUCGCUCCCUGCCUCCGUACAGUGAUAUCCACGAUCCACUUAACAUUUUAGAUGACAGCAGCCGGAAGCAGAACAACUCAUUUUAUGCAGACACAGCCUCUCCUGCUGCAUGUCGUACUCCUGUAGUAGCUUCCAACUUGCAAAGCCAGAUUCCUUCAUCGUCAUCCCAGUGUAUGUAUGGAACUGCCAAUCCGUAUCCAGUGCAAGAUAAUCUGGACUCCAAUGGACCAAGCAACAGAGAAAUGGUGUCCUCUUUACCACCCAUCAACACUGUGUUUAUGGGGACAACAGCUGGAGACACUUAA